AUGGCUCUCAACCUGCCUUCGUACGGCGGGAGCGGCGGCGCCCAUACCCAACCGUCGCUUCCGUCCCUGCCCGCCCAUCUCCAGUCCGAUACGCACAUCACGGCGCACCUGGCCAGUCGUUUCCACGUGUCGAUACCUACCGCCCGGCUCUCCUCCCACGCCCUCAUCUCCCUCAACACAUACUCUUCCUCGUCCAAGGGCCUAGAUGGUGGUAAGGAAGGCAGUGCCCAGGCCGGGGCCGAAGACAUUGCCGAGAGGGCCUUCCUGCGCCUGGGCCACCGGUCGGAGAACCAGGCUGUCUUGUUCCUGGGUGAAUCUGGCUCGGGAAAGACGACGAUCCGGUCUCAUCUGUUAACCGCCCUGCUCAACAAGUCCUCGACGCCUUUGUCCACCAAGGUUUCGUUGGCUGCAUAUGUCUUCGACACCCUCACCACCACCAAGACGGCCACCACGCCCACCGCCUCGAAAGCCGGUCUUUUCUACGAGCUGCAAUAUGACACGGCCUCCACCACCAACCCGAUGCUCAUUGGAGGCAAAUUGCUCGACCAUCGUCUCGAGCGCAGCAGGAUUGCCGAUGUGCCCACGGGAGAGCGAAACUUCCACGUGCUGUACUACCUUCUUGCCGGCACCAGCGCCGCCGAGAAGACCCAUCUUGGCCUCGACGAGCCCCACGGAACCUCGCAGAGGCGGUGGAGGUAUCUCGGCCACCCGACCCAGCUCAAGGUCGGCAUCAACGACAGCGAGGGCUUCCAGCUCUUCAAGACGGCGCUGCGGAAGCUCGAGUUCCCCAGGAGCGAGAUUGCCGAGAUCUGCCAGGUCCUCGCGAGCAUCCUGCACAUCGGCCAGCUCGAGUUCGAGACGGCGUCCAGCACGACCGCCACCGCCGACGACAGCGGAGGCUUCUCCCACGAGGGUGGCCAGAUGGUCACGGCCGUCAAGAACAAGGACGUCCUCGGCAUCAUCGCCGCCUUCCUCGGCGUCAGCGCCCAGGAUCUGCAGACCACGCUCGGGUACAAGACCAAGAUGAUCCACAAGGAGAGGGUCACGGUCAUGCUCGACCCCGCGGGCGCCCGAGGCAACGCCAACGAGCUCGCCCGGACUCUGUACUCUCUGCUCGUUGCCUUUGUCAUCGAGAGCAUCAACCAGAAGAUCUGCGCGGCCGAGGAGUCCAUCGCCAACACCAUCUCCGUCAUCGACUUCCCCGGCUUCUCUCAGAUCUCGUCUACCCACUCCGCCCUGGACCAGCUGCUCAACAACGCCGCCACCGAGUCGCUGUACAACAUCACCCUCCAGAACUUCUUCGACCGCAAGGCGGACAUGCUCGAGACCGAGGAGGUCAGCGUCGCGGCCACCAGCUACUUUGACAACUCGGACGCCGUCAAGGGCCUGCUCAAGCCCGGCAACGGCCUGCUCAGCAUCCUCGACGACCAGACGCGCCGCCACCGGACGGACAUGCAGAUGCUCGAGAGCCUGCGCAAGCGCUUCGAGGGCAAGAACCCGGCCAUCGCCGUCAGCUCGGCCACCGCCAAGCUGCCCGGCAGCAACUUCCUGUCCGAGAACACCGCCGCGUCCUUCACCGUCAGGCACUUUGCCGGCGAGGUCGAGUACCCCGUCAAGGGCCUCGUCGAGGAGAACGGCGAGGUCAUCUCGGGCGACCUGCUGAACCUGGUCAACUCGACCAAGAACGAGUUCAUUGCCCGCCUCUUCGGCCAGGAGAUCCUCCAGACGGUCGUCCACCCCCAGGAGAGGACGACGGUCAUGCAGGCCUCCGUCAGCUCCAAGCCCAUGCGUGCCCCCAGCGUCAUGUCCAGGAAGGGCAGGGCGGGCGCCAUGCGGCGGCGCCAGGAGUCGCUGGCCACCCGCCACGAAGUGAUCGAGGAUGUGGGCAGCGAGGCCGGCGACGCCACCGAGUCUCGCCGCGGCACUCGCCACACCGAGCAGGGCGCUUCGGGCCAGUUCCUGUCCGCUCUGGAGAACGUCACCAAGGCCUUCACCGCGCCCAACACAAACGCCUACUUCGUCUUUUGCCUGAAGCCCAACGACAGGCGGAUCGCCAACCAGUUCGACAGCAAGUGCGUGCGGACGCAGGUGCAGACUUUUGGCAUCGCCGAGAUCAGCCAGAGGUUACGGUCUGCUGACUUCAGUCUGUUCCUCCCCUUCGGGGAAUUCCUCGGCCUCACCGACAGCGAGACGCUGCUCGUCGGCAGCGAGCGCGAGAAGGUCGAGGGCGUCGUGGAGGAGAAGAGGUGGCCGAGCAACGAGAUCCAGAUCGGCUCCACCGGCGUGUUCCUCAGCGAGCGGUGCUGGAUGGAGAUUGCCCAGCUGGCCGACAGCGCCUCCGCGUCUGCCCGCUUCGGUCUGCCCUCGUCCGACGCCGGCGACGGCAUGACCCCGCAGGAUCCGUUCCUGGCGUCCAAGGAGAGGCUCGCCAUGGGCAACUCGCCCUACAGCGACAAGGCCGGCGCGGGCUACUUUGGCAGCAAGGACGUGGACGCGCGCUCCGAGGCGGGCGUGUCCGCGUUCGGCGGCGGCGACAUGUUCAAGAACCUGGAUACGCGCGAGCAGAUGGCCGAGCGCGGCAACGAGAAGUCGCUCGUCGAGGUGGAGGAGUACAAGGACAGCCCCAGCCGCAAGCGGUGGGUGUUUGUUGUUUACCUGCUCACCUGGUUCAUUCCGGACUUCCUCAUCCGGUGGGUCGGGCGCAUGCCGCGCAAGGACGUCCGCAUGGCCUGGCGCGAGAAGCUCGCCAUCAACAUCGUCAUCUGGUUCAGCUGCCUGAUCUCUGCCUUCUUCCUCAUCGUCUUCCCCAUGCUCAUCUGCCCGACGCAGUACGUCUACACGGAGCAGGAGCUGUCCAAGUACAACGGCAAGCCGGGGAGCCCCGGCGCGCUCGCCGCCAUCCGCGGCCAGGUGUUCGAUCUAGGCGCCAUCGCCAAGAUUCACUACCCCAGGUACCUGCCCGAGAAGUCCAUCCUGCAGUUCGGCGGUCUCGACAUCACCGGCCUCUUCCCCGUCCAGGUCUCUGCUCUCUGCCAGGGCACGGGCGACGGCAUCAACCCGGAGGUCACUCUGGACUUCAAGCCUGUCAACGUGACUGGCAGCGCCCCAAACCUUGUCAGCAACAUCGAUGCCAACGCGCACUAUCAUGAUUUCCGAUACUCGACAGAUGACCCGCGUCCCGACUGGUUCUCCGAGAUGAUGAUCAUGCUCCGGUCCAACUACAAGAAGGGCAACGUCGGUUUCUCGCCGCAGACCGUCGCCAGCAUGGCAAACAAGAAGUCGAUGGCCAUCCUCAGCGGCCACGUCUACGACUUGACGAAUUACAUCGCCGGUGGCCGACAGCUGGUGGCGCCGCCUGGACAGAAACCCACGGGCAGCGACUCUGACAAGGACUUCAUGAACCAGCUCGUCGUCGACCUCUUCCAGCAGAAGGCCGGACAGGACGUCACCAAGUACUGGGAGGCGCUGGGCAUCAGCCGUGACAUGAAGAACCGGAUGCAGCUCUGCCUCGACAACCUGUUUUACGUCGGCGACGUCGACACGCGCAACUCGGUCAAGUGCCAGUUCGCCAGCUACCUCAUCCUCGCCGUGUCCGUCCUGCUCUGCUCCGUCAUCGGCUUCAAGUUCUUCGCCGCCCUCCAGUUCGGCACCAAGAACAUGCCCGAGAACCUGGACAAGUUCAUCAUGUGCCAGAUCCCCGCCUACACCGAAGACGAGGACUCGCUGCGCCGCGCCAUCGACUCGGCCGCCCGCAUGCGCUACGACGACAAGCGCAAACUGCUGGUCAUUGUCUGCGACGGUAUGAUUAUCGGCCAGGGCAACGAUCGGCCCACCCCGCGGAUCGUGCUCGACAUUCUCGGGGUGUCCGAGACCGUCGAUCCGGAGCCGCUGAGCUUCGAGUCCCUGGGCGAGGGUCUGAAGCAGCACAACAUGGGCAAGGUCUACUCUGGUCUCUACGAGGUGCAAGGCCACAUCGUCCCCUUCCUGGUCAUCGUCAAGGUCGGCAAGCCGUCCGAGGUCUCCCGCCCUGGCAACCGUGGCAAGCGCGACUCGCAGAUGAUCAUCAUGCGCUUCCUGAACCGCGUCCACUACAACCUGGCCAUGAGCCCCCUCGAGCUGGAGAUGUACCACCAGAUCCGCAACAUCAUCGGCGUCAACCCGACCUUCUACGAGUUCAUGCUGCAGAUCGACGCCGACACGGUCGUCGCGCAGGACUCGGCCACGCGCAUGGUCGCCGCGUUCCUGGACGACACGCGCAUCAUCGCGCUGUGCGGCGAGACGGCCCUGACCAACGGCAAGUCGUCCAUCGUCACCAUGAUCCAGGUGUACGAGUACUACAUCUCGCACAACCUGGCCAAGGCCUUCGAGUCGCUCUUCGGCUCCGUCACCUGCCUGCCCGGCUGCUUCUCCAUGUACCGCAUCCGCGCGGCCGAGACGGGCAAGCCCCUCUUCGUCUCGCGCGAGGUCGUCGAGGCCUACUCGACCAUCCGCGUCGACACGCUGCACAUGAAGAACCUGCUGCACCUGGGCGAGGACAGGUACCUGACGACGCUGCUGCUCAAGUUCCACAACAAGUACAAGACCAAGUACAUCUUCAGCGCGCACGCGUGGACCAUCGCGCCCGACUCGUGGGCCGUCUUCCUCUCGCAGCGCCGCCGGUGGAUCAACUCGACGGUGCACAACCUCAUGGAGCUCAUCCCCAUGGCCCAGCUCUGCGGCUUCUGCUGCUUCUCGAUGCGCUUCGUCGUCUUCAUCGACCUGCUGUCGACGGUCGUGCAGCCCGUGACCAUCGCCUUCAUCGUCUACCUCAUCGUGCGCAUGGUGCAGAACACGUCGUACAUACCCGUCACGGCCUUCAUCAUGCUGGCCGCCAUCUACGGCCUGCAGGCCAUCAUCUUCAUCCUGCGCCGCAAGUGGGAGAUGAUCGGCUGGAUGAUCCUCUACAUCCUCGCCAUCCCCGUCUUCUCCUUCGCCCUCCCGCUCUACUCGUUCUGGCACAUGGACGACUUCAACUGGGGCAACACCCGCGUGGUCGCCGGGGAGAAGGGCAAGAAGGUCGUCAUCUCGGACGAGGGCAAGUUCGACCCCAGCUCGAUCCCGCGCAAGAAGUGGGAGGAGUACCAGGCCGAGCUCUGGGACGCGCAGACGUCGCGCGGCGGCGACGACGCCCGGUCCGAGGUCUCGGGCUACUCGUACGCCACCAAGGCCGGGCCCCAGGUCGGCAUCUCCGAGUACGGCUUCCCGGCCGGGUCGCGGCCCGGCAGCACGGCCGGCUUCCACAACAUCAACAACCCGUACGAGGUCAGCCGGACGCCGCCCGUGCUGCUGCCGCACAACGCGAGCCGGAUGAGCUUUGCCAACAUGAGCGAGAUGCCCGGGGGGAACAAUCGGAUGAGCCAGUUCGGCGGCAGCCAGUUCUUUGGCGGCAGCGAGAUGGAGCUGGCGAACCUGGCGGGCCUGCCGAGCGACGACGCGCUGCUGGCCGAGAUACGCGAGAUCCUGCGCACGGCGGACCUCAUGACGGUGACCAAGAAGGCCAUCAAGCAGGAGCUCGAGAGGCGGUUCGGCGUGAACCUCGACGCGAGGAGGGCGUAUAUCAACAGUGCUACCGAGGCCUUGCUGUCUGGUCAGCUGUAG